AUGCUGCAGCAGCAGUUGCUGCUGCAGCAGAUGCUGCAACAGCAGCAGAAGCAGCAAGUGCAGCAGAAGCAGCAGCAGCAACAGCAACAGCAGCAGCAGCAGCAGCAGCAGCGGACGCGACAUGCAAUGAACAGCUGCUGCUUCUUGGUGCUGCUGCAAGACUGGCAUAAGAGGUUUUUCUUCCAGUCCUACUUGUGGGCUCUGCUGCAGCAGCAGCAGCAGCAGCAACAGCAGCAGCAGCAGCAGCAGCAACAGCAGCAGCAGCAGCAGCAACAGCAGCAGCAGCAGCAGCAGCGAGUUCUGGCUCUUGAGGUGUAUUGCGAGCUCCUUGAGGCUGUCUUUAUUGUUGCUGCAUAUAGGGGGUGGCAGCAGCUGACGGAGUUGCUGCUGCAGCUGUUUGCUGCUGCUGCUGCUGCGCUCCGCAGCAGCAGAUCCCAAGCAGCAGCAGCAGCAGCAGCAGCAGCAACAGCAGCAACAGCAGCAGCAGCAGCAGAAAAGCUACCCUGGGCCUCCGCCUUCUCCAUGCAUAAUAUAUUGAAAGACACAGUGAUGCUGACGGUGCAGCAGCAGCAGCAGCAGCAGCAGCAGCAGCAGCAACAGAAACAGUUGCUGCUGUUGCCUGCAGCAGCAUCAGCUGCAGCUGCUACUCCUCCUUUGUGGCUGCUGCAGCAGCAGAAACCCAAGUAUAAGGAGCAGCAGUUGCUGCUGCUGCUGCUGCAGCAGCAACUCCAGCAGCAGCAGCAGCAGCAGCAACCCAAACCUAAAAAAGCAGCAGCAGGCCUCCAGCAGCAGCAGCAGCAGCAGCAGCAGCAGCAACAGAAACAGUUGCUGCUGUUGCCUGCAGCAGCAUCAGCUGCAGCUGCUACUCCUCCCUUGUGGCUGCUGCAGCAGCAUAAACCCAAGUAUAAGGAGCAGCAGUUGCUGCUGCUGCUGCUGCAGCAGCAACUGCAGCAGCAGCAGCAGCAGCAGCAGCAGCAGCAGCAACCCAAACCUAAAAAAGCAGCAGCAGGCCUCGUGUGCUGUCUGUGGCAGCCGCCUGAAGCAGCAGCAGACACAAUAGCUGCAGCAGCAGCAGCAGCAGCUGCUGCUGCUGCUGCUGCUCCUACUGCUGCAGCAGCUGCUGCUGCUCCUGCUGCUCUAGCAGCUCUCCUUGCAGCAGCAGCAGGCCGCUACUUUCCUCCCCUUGCUGUUCUGCGGUGGCUGGUUGCUGCAUCCGCACAGCGCAGCAGCAGCAGCAGCAGCAGCAGCAACUGCAGCAGCAGCUGCUGCUGCGGCGCCUGCGUCUCUGAAGAGCCCACAGACCUCGACUGUUUUCUAUCUAGCCUUAGCAGCAGCAGCAGCAGCAGCAGCAGCAGCGGCAGCAGCAGCAGCAGCAGCAGCAAUAGCAGCAGCAGCAGCAGCAAGGGGAAGAUAAUCCCCUUGUCUGCUGCAGCACUUGAGUUGCUGUGUCUGUAUACUUCUGAGCUGCUGCAGCGGCUGCCAUGCAUGCAUCAGCAGCAGCAGCAGCAGCUGCUGAUGGUUGCUGCAGCAGCAGCACAGCUGCUUGUACACCGCACCGUCAGCAGCAGAAGACCCGUCGAGCUCAGAAAGGUGCAGCACGCGCGCUGCUGCCUUGCUGCUUCCCUCACCUACUGCAGCAGCAGCAGCAGCAGCAGCAGCAGCAGCAACAGCAGCAGCAGCAGCAGCAGUUACACAGCUGGGGGGCAGCCGUGGCUGUGGCUGCUGCUGCUGGGGGCCCUUGAGAUGCAAUACACAGCAGCAGUGCUGCACCUGCUGCAGCAGCACUUGCUGCCGCCGCUGCUGCGCCGCCUCCAGCAGCAGCAGCAGCAGCAGCAGCAACAGCAGCAGCAGGAGCGGGAGCGGGAGCAGCAACAGCAGCAGCAGCAGCAUCUGCAGCAACACAGCGCAGCAGCAGCAGCAGCAGCAGCAGCAGCAGCAACUGCAGCAGCAGCUGCUGCUGCAGCGCCUGCGUCUCUGAAGAGCCCACAGACCUCGACUGUUUUCUAUCUAGCCUUAGCAGCAGCAGCAGCAGCAGCAGCAGCGGCAGCAGCAGCAGCAGCAGCAGCAGCAAUGGCAGCAGCAGCAGCAGCAAGGGGAAGAUAA